AUGGAGCUGAAACCCUUGCUCAGGCCAGAAAUCCAUGAUGAAGUCCCCCGAUCGUCCUGGUUGCCCUCCUCUGAACUGGUUCCACAUAUCUAUCCGUACAAGUCGCAGCUCCAACGUGGGAAGUCCUUGCCUCCCAAAUAUGCCCUGGAGCUACUGGCUGUCUAUGCUUGGGAACGAGGGAGCCAAAAGACGGAUUUCGACAUGGCAGAAGGGUUCCGGACGGUGCUUUGGCUCAUCCAGCAGUACCGGCAGCUCUGCAUAUUUUGGACUAUCAACUACGACUUUCAGGAUGAGACCCUCGGACGAUACCUGCGCAACCAGCUCCAGAAACCCCGACCUGUCAUCCUGGACCCGGCUGAUCCAACUGGGAAUCUCGGAGAAGGUUGCUGGGAUCUGGUCGCUCAAGAAGCUGCAAUCUGUUCUCAACAGAUAUGUUGCACGACUUUCGAUGGGCGUCCAGUGGCUUAUUGGGAUGUUCCAACUUCAAGUGACAGACUUCAGUUGCACUCUGGGUCAUUUAUCCGCCAUGAGGAACCUCCGCAGGAAGAAACUUGGUACUGCACCAUUCUCUGAAGAGAUCCCUUCCAAGAUCAUCUCGUGGAAUGAAGGAGAGCCUCUUGUCUUUCAAGCUGUGUUUGCAAAAAGAACAGGAGUCAGAUGUCUGAAUAUGGGCUGAUUCUCGAGGCCUUCUUAGAACUG